CGGAAAUGACGUCAGUGCAGGACGUGAAAAAGUGCGCGGGGAAAUUUCUAUACCUGUUUCAGUAACAGUGUUAGCUGAGUGCAUAUCGCGUAUUUUAAUAAACCCAGUUAGAAAAUUGGGAAAAAUGUCUCAUUCAGUCGAAGCGGAUUUACCACCGCACUUGUCAUGCUUGAAAAAUAUUGACACUUUGCUCCGAUGCCCGAUUUGCUUCGACUUCUUGAAUAUAUCCAUGAUGACGCAGUGUUCUCAUAACUUUUGCUCCCUAUGUAUACGGAAAUUUCUUUCCUACAAGUUGCUGUGUCCUCUUUGUAACACGCCACUCACAGAACAAGAGCUGAGGAACAACAGACUACUGGAUGACCUUGUUCAGAGCUUCCAAGCUGCGAGGCAACAGCUGUCUCAGACUAAUUUUGAGUCACCUCCGAUCUCCCCCAAGACCCCGACAAUGGCUGUCGGAGGAAAAGCAGCGAGGCAGAAAGCCCUUAAAAAAGAGGGCACUAUUCUGACUCACUUCUUCCAGAAACGAGCCCCAAUCAACUCCUCCAUAGGAGCACAGUCUGGCUCUAAGGGUCUGCACCCAGUGAAACAGGAGCCCAUGGAUGUGUGUGUGCAGGGAGCCCUCCUGCCAGAGAGUGCAGUGACUGUGACCACAGUAGUGAAAGAAGAGAAGCUGGACAUGCCUGCUUUUCCCUCCACAUCGCAGGAUAUUAAACCUGUGGCCAAAGUGGAGUGUCCAGUGUGUGGAGUGGAAGUGUCCCAGCAACAUAUUAAUAAACAUCUGGAUACAUGUCUGACCAGAGGGGAGAAGAAGGAUAGCCUUAGAAGGUCUGACCAGCUAGGCUUUUCCUGUUCUGCAUUUAUAGACCCCAACUCUCGGAAGCGCAGGCCUAUGGCUAAGCUGGUGUACACCCUGCUGACAAUGGUGGAGCUAAAGAGAAGACUGAGAGAGUGCCAUCUGUCCACACAAGGCUCCAGAGAGCAGCUCAUCCGACGGCACCAGGAGUUCAUACACAUCUACAACGCACAGUGUGAUGCACUCAACCCCAGAUCAAGUGAGGACAUUGCUAGAGAGGUUGAAAACAAUGAGAAGAUGAGGAAUCAGCUGGAGAGUAAAAAUAAACCUGCAAUACUCAUCACUAAAAACCACACAGUCACUGAAAUUGAACAGUUGCACUCAGAUUACCGGAAACAGCACAGUGGUGAGUUUUCCCGUUUAAUUGCUCAGGUCAGAGGUCGUUUGGAAAAUUCCAGGAGAACACAAAUUAAGCAGGAAGGAGGGAAAUCAGCAGAGGAAUUGUGUUGCAGUGCUGAUGACACAGUAGUCCAAAACACACCCCAGCCCCCAGGUUCUUUGACAUUGGAAAUUGCCACCAAUGAGAAGACUUCUGUUAUGGAACUUGGGUCGAGGUCACCAAGCCCUACUCUCAGUGAAGUGUCUGUCAGCAGCUCCAUUUCUGAUGUUUUCAGUUGAAGACCAGAAGGAAGCUACCUGUCUAAAUCACUGAUCAGACCAAUGGCGAAUAAAAUUCACCUGGCAGAAAAAGCUGACUCGCUGAAUGGAAAGGAUAUGGAAGAAGCAGAUUUGUGUCUGGUUGUGUUUAUUUUUGUGUUGCAUCAGCUUUAUCUAGGAGAACUUUAACAUGUAAAUUUAUAAGCCUCUGUCUGAGCCAAAAGAAAACAAGAAGGAUCAGGACUGUGGUCUCUGUGGUGAACAACAAAAAAGGAGGAGAUGCUAAGUAGUAAGCACUGCUCACACCAAACUUUUGCCUCACCGUUUUUUCUUUACUACGGCUUGGCGCACAUCUUUUAAAAAAAAAAAAACAAACAAAAAAAAACACCAUUGAAAUACAGUUUUUCUAAUAAAAUUCUUUCGUUGUUUUUUUUUUUUUUUUCUUUUUUCCCCCAAUCUGCCUGUAAAGAUUUUUUUUUUUAAGUAACACAGGCACUUCAGUAUUGGGCAUAAUUACAGCUGGGGAUUUUUCAUUUUCGAUCUGAUACCGAUGUCUGAACUAUAUGUCUCGGCUGAUACCCGAUACUGAUCCAUCACCACUUUGUCUAAAUAUCACAUGAUGUAAAAUCUGUAUAUUAUAUCUGUAUAUAAAUAUUAUGGCAUCCCAAUGGCAAUGACAAAAACCAGUGUGUUUGUUAAACUGAAGCUAAUGUUAACUAGUUGCUGAAACUGAGCUAGCAUACACACACACACACACACACACACACAUUUUGGUCAUGUAGAGAAAUUUUUUUUAUUUUUUUUUUGGCUAUAGAAUAAACAGACGAAAUAAAACAGAAUGAAGAAAAAGGUCUUCAAAUGUACUAGAAUGCAAAAAAAAAAAUAAUUUCUAAAUAUAAUUGCCUCAGUAGACUUUUCACUUAUUCAGUGGCUUAUAAACUAAUUUCCCAGCUGUCCUGCACUUUUGCAUCAUUCAAUUUAUGUCUAGUCUGAUAAAAGGCUUGGAAUAGACAAUCCAAGGACACGCUCCGUUUAUGCAUGUCUCUUUAGAUUUGCAGUUUCUUUAACUCUGCCAUCUUAGCCAAGAAGAAAAGGCCUUGGCACGCGAUCUCUCGCUGCUCAAAGACGCUCCAUUUCAGAUGGCCCAAACUGAUUAGCUCUACUGGUUAGGAACUGAUCUGAAAAAUAUUUGACUUGGCUAAUUUGUUGAAAAUUCUCCACAGAUAAUUGUCCAGAGAGAGCGAGGUGUUAUCGUAUUUCACAUGGUCACGUUGUCCUCCAUGGCUGCUUUGCGACUUUGAUUAAUAGUCGUGCUGCCUGGUUCCCCUGAGGAGCAGCUUUGAGGAGCUUUAGCCAUUCUGGGAGUAAUGAAAACAUAUGUGUGAGGCCCCUUCGCCUCCCUACAGUAAAGCUGUUGUAAUAAAAGUGUCAUCAGUCUGAGAGUGUGUCGUGCAGAGGGAGAUGUCACCUUCACACUCUGGGUUUUAGUGGCCUUUACCAUGCAGCUUUCAACCAUGCACAGCUAGCAAGACGACUGCCACCAUGUCUUGCUGUGUGACCAGCAUCCCAUUUUUAGAUGUGUUCGCUACAGCUGUGCUUUGCCGGUUUAUUUGUUUGUGCGCUGUAGUGCUGAACCUUGGUGGUAGGAUAUAAAAAUGUCAAGUUUUAUUUUGCUUUCUCCCUUUAAAAGACUCCUCCCCAGAGCACCCUAGGUUACUCAGUCAUCUUUCAUGGGUUAGCAGGCACAUUUUUCCAUGUAUAUCAAAAAUUUAUGGUUUCAUUACAUACAUUUUUAAAUGCAUGGAGUAAUCUUGUUCUAGAAAUAAAAAUGUUCUUUUUUUUUUUUUUUGAAAAAUCUUCACUUCCCUUCAAGGCCUAGUUAUUACUGUGAUGCUACUACUUUAUAUAAUGAGUUUAUUAUUCAGAAUUGAAUGUGGAUGUACUCUUAAACUGAAAAAAAAAAAAAAUCUCCAGAAGGAUGAAAUGACGUAUUAAUUCAGUUACACACAUACACAGUACGAGUCUUUAUUACUAGCCAUUAUUUCACACUCGCUAUAGUUCACAACUAUAGAGAAUACAGUAGCAACAGCCGAACAAUAGAGGUGUAACGAUACACUCCAGUCACAAUUCAGUUUGUUUCAUGAUACUAGCUUCACGAUUCGAUUCAAUUCGGUUCAAAACAAUGUGCAUUUUUGUCUAUAAAAUGGUAAAAAUGUAUAUUUUAAACAAAAUGUACUACAGGUUUGCCAUAUCUUAAAAAUAAAUAAAUAUAUAAAUUCUCCCAAAAAGUUGAUUGAAUAAGCAAAGUCUCUGACCUGGGGAAAAUGAUCGAUUGAAACAUAACGAGCUCUGUAGCAGCAUCUGAGGCAUCAAUUUAACCAUAAAUAAAGCUCCAAAUUUUGCUAAAAUGCACAAUUUCCUUGACUUAUUUCUCGGGCUCUGGAGAUUUCUGCAGUGCGUGGAUGGUGUCAUUUGCAAGCUACUGAAGAGCUCUUUUUUAACGGUUAUAAUGGUGUUGUGUAACUGUAUAAUGUAUAACAUUUGUCAGUCCUUGGGGUCCGGAGCUAUCGUCACUUCACAAGUGCAGAUGAUUCCCAGUAAUGGCACAGACUCUUCUUCAAAGAAUGCGAUCAUGUGACCUGUGUGCUCUCUGUAUAUUUUCAAUCUAUUAGUUGUGCAGAUUGGGACCUUUGGUGUUCACACAGUGCAAUUGUAUUAGAUGCAUAAUUAAUAGAAUGCUGAUUUCCACGAUAUGAAUGGCACAUUUCCACAAUGCACAUCAUCAUGUCACUCCUACUAAACAAGGAAGUAAGGACCGGAUCACAUGUAAUGUGAAAAGUAUUAAAGAUUGUAUCUUCUGACCUGGUUUAUUGUUUGCCUUGUGUAGAUUGUAAUGAUCUGUAUCUAUUGAAGGAGCAUUAGAAACGAUUUGUCAAAAUUUGUAAAAAUUAGGUCUCCAGCAGUUUAGUAGGUGGAGUUGAAUAUGAUUUGAAUGAUUGUACACAUGUACAUAAAGCUCUGCCCUCAGAACCUGUGGUGGUUCAACUAUAGUUAGUAAUCUGACUAUGAUUUAUGAGAAUGAUGCAGUCGCUGUCUUUUUUUUUUUUUUGGUUAAUAAAUGAGAUUUUGGGCUUCUAAGGUUUGGUAUUGGCACUGUUAACAUUUUAAGCUCCAUUCAGCUGCUUGAGUGACAAGUUAUAACACUAAACACAUGAACUUUUGCUCAUACUGAUUUAUGUGAAUGGUCAAGUGCUUUCGCUUUCCUGUUUUUCUUUGUAAUGGCAAAAAAAAAAACCUCUACUUGAUUUGCUGUGUAAAGCAGCCCAUUCAAACAAUUCAAAGCUUUAUAAAGAUUGAGUUUACAGACCUUUCCAGCAGGUCUGUUAUAAAUUACUCUAUCAUGGAAAAUUGCUGGCACUGUUCUUUAUGCUUUUACUGCCUACUUUUCUUUAGGUUUUUUUGAAACACCACAUAGUUUUUUGCUCAAAGGAGAAUUAUCUGGCUGUACUGGGUGCUUGCUAAUUUCAGACUGAGCUGUGGAUGGAGUGAACAGGCAUUAGCAAGUAUCUAUAAAACGAUUGACAAGAAGCCCGUCAAAACACAAACAAGCACUCCGGACCAUAGCACAUUUUCCAAAUGGAUUUUCUCAGCCACAUAAUAAAUUUGCUGAGACUAUGGCUGAAAUCAUUAUUUUUUUUUAAUCACUUCUACUUAUUUUGCAGGUUAUUUGUACAAGUAAGAAAUACAAAAAUCACUGAAUGCGCCUUCAAAUACAUUUUAAAUAUUGUUGAAUGCAUUUGAAGGUCAAUCUCCAGUGCUUUUUUGUCCUUGUAUCUCUCUCUGCUGAGUGAACGUGAAGUGUAUUUUAAAAACAGCUGUGAAGGAAAGUCACUGCUCAAGGUUACACAGUGUAUUUAACAUUUGAGCUGAAAUGCAUAAGUUGAUGAAAUUAGUUUUUAACAUAUGUCAGACACAAUCAAACCUCAGAAACGAGACCAGGAGACAUAACUCAUAGUUGGCUUGAUCCACCCAGAUUAUUAGAGACAGAAGCCUCUCUUCAAACACUUCAGUGCUAAGGCUGUGGAGGCCCUAGCAAGUCUUUACAUCUAAUCUAUAGCGAAGAGUUAGGAAGUGUAGCUGCAUGCAUUACUACACUCCACACAAUCAAUUAGUAAACUCAUGUUGGAUUGCACUGGUUAAUUCUGCUUCAAAUCAUACAUCGGCGCCUUAUGCCUCCUCACAGGUUGUGAUCUCCCACAGGUGCCGUGUACUGAACGUUCUUAAAUUGCCUUCCUGCAGGUUUUCUUCACUUCACUGCCUCCUGCUUGCUUCCUAUCCCACUUCCUUUCUAAUCACACCUCUUUGAGUUGUCUUGUUUGAAAUGCCUGCAGGAAAUGAUGUAGGUGGAUUAUUGACCUCGAAGCCGCUUAGAUGUAGUGUUAAUUAAUUGUGAAAAGUUUUCUUAUGAGAGCCGUGUGAUUUGGCUCAAUGUUUCAAGAAGUGCUCUGAGAAGCACUUGAGCAGAGAGAAGGCUGAAGGAUAAAAAAGAUGAACGAGCUGCAGCUGGAAUUCUAGAGGAGUGUAAGACCCUGUGUAUAAUACCAUGUCAAAACACAUUACUUAAAGCUAUCCCUUAUUAAACUGAAAUCAGAUUUGAAUAUCCUGUAUGGUUCACUACAUUAUUGUCUCUACUAAUACAGCUUUUGCUGUUUUUUUUUUCCUUUAAUUAGUGUAGAGUCGUGUAAUCUUGUUUAAGAAAUCUAAUUAGUUUUUCUUAAUAACUGAUUAAACAAAAUGACUUUUUGGUCGUGGGUUGAUCAGGUGUAACAAUGGAACUAUACACACAUGGAGCACUUUAUUAGGAACACUACACUAAUACUGGCUAGGGCCUCCCUUUGCUCUCAGUUCUUCAUGGCACUUUGAUGCUGUGAAUCUCCCAUUCUACCACAUCCCAAAGGUGUUCUAUUAGAUUCAGAUCUAGUGACUGGGAAGGCUACUGAAGAACACUGAACUCAUUGUCAUGCUCAUGAAACCAGUUUGAGACGAUUGUUGCUUUGUGACAUGGUGCAUCAUCAUGCUGGAAGUAGCCAUUAGAAGAUGAGUAAAUUGGUCAGCAACAAUACUUAAAUAGACUGUGGCAUGCAGGUGAUGAUUGAUUGGUAAUAACAGGUCCAAAGUGUGCCAAGAAAACAUUCCCCACACCAUUACACCACCUCCACCAGCCUGGACUGUUGACAAUGGUAUUGGUCUAUGGAUUCAUGCAGUUGGUGCCAAAUUCUGACGCUCUGUGUGCCUCAGCAGAAAUCGAGUUUCAUCAGACCAGACUGCGUUUUUAAAGUCUUCACCUGUCCAGUUUUGUUAAGUCUGUGCCCACUGCAACCUCAUAUUCCUGUUCUUGUCUGACGUGGAACCUGAUGUGGUCUUCUGCUGUUGUAGCCCAUCCACCUUAUGGUUCGACAUGUUGUGCAUUCUGAGAUGCUUUUCUGUUUACUACAGUUGUACAGAAUGGUUGUCUGAGUUACUGUAGCCUUUCUGUCAGCUAAAACUGGUCUGGCCAUUCUCUGUUGACCUCUCUCAUCAACAAGAACACAUUUAUUCUCCAUUCCGCCAGUUGAUAUGAACAUUAACAUUGAAGCUGCUGGCCCAUAUCUGCAUGAUUUUAUGCAUUGCACUGCUGCCACACGAUUCACUGAUUUAGAUAAUUGCAUGAAUGAUAGGUGUACAGCUGUUCCUAAUAAAGUGCUCAGUGAGUGUAUAUCAUGCAAACAGAAUUAGAUCUGAAUUGAUGUUCAUUCGUUCAUCUCCAGUAACUGCUUUAUCCUAGUCAGGGUCGCAGUGGAUCUAGCACCUAUCCCAGAAACACCAGUCCAUCACAUGGCACCUUGUCCGCACACAUUCACACAAACACUGGGGCAAUUUAAUGUAGCCAAUGAGGUGGGAGGAAACUGGAGAACCCAGAGGAAACACAUGCGUAAUGAUCAUGCACAGACAGUAACCUGAGCUCAGGAUUGAACCGGAGACCCUGGACCUGUUAUGCAACAACGAUACCAACUGCACCACCGUGCCACCCUUGAAUUGAAUUUUAAAAAGGGAUAUGGAAAAAUCUGGUCCUCUGGUCUGGUACUGUCGUUUACUUUGUAUAGAGAGCUGAUUGAUGGGCUUUCAGGGACCAAAGGAUACAGAUUGGACAUGGCAGUGUAAUGAAACCACUCAAGGGAACACUAACUUAUUUCAGUAUGCAGUCUACUUCUGGUCGCUGUGUAGGCUUUUAAAGUCUAGAUGUUUGAUGUUUCUCUGCUUUUUUUUUGUAACACUCAUUUCUCCUAAAUUAUCUCUUCCUGCUCAGAAAAGCUGGGCAUUACUGCUGGGCCAGACAGGUCAACUCUCU